AUGAACAAAAGAGCAUUCAUUUUGCCAACCAUGAUUCUGGACAACGGGAUUUGGAAGGAUGAUGUUGCACUCCAUCUCACGGUUGGACAAUCUGCUAAAGGUGAUGACACACAAACUGUAGCGUCUGGGGUUGAGCGUGUGCGCCAAAUACUACAGGCGGGUCAGGAAAGUGGACAAGGAAGUACCAGCAUAUAUGUGCAGGCUGCCAAUGGCUCAAUCCCCGUAGUCGUUCGAGCAUAUAACGAGGAUGACAUUUCUCAGUUGGUUCUGAUUAAGCGUGAUUUCCCUUCAGUCAAGCUUGUUAUCUAUGGCGGCCAUGGCGCAGUCUCGGUCGCCAAGCACCUCGCUGAAGCAAACAUACCCGUAAUUCUGACCGGUAAUCGCGGUGCGCCUACUAACUGGGAAAAGAAAGAUGUUCUCACAGGACCGCCAUUAACUGAGAGCCCAGCAAAGAUCUUGACCGAUGCAGGUGUACUACUGGGCUUAGGCGUAAGCAGUGACUCUAAAGUCCAUGGUCUGGCACAGGAGGCACGGUGGGCUGGUAAGUUCGCAGGGCUGAGUGACAGGGAAGCUAUUGCCCUCGUAUCGACCAAUAUCGAGGCUAUCUUAGGCAUUGGAUCAAAGAGGACGGCCAAUGGUGGUGAGGACUCACAAAGGUACAGGGGCGACUUUGUCGUGUGGGAAGGUGAUCCGUUGAGAGGAGAGGGUUCAGUUGUUGUGUCUGUUCAGGACGGUGAGAAAAUUGCUGACUGCUGGCCAGACACUAGCAAUGUCAUUUUGUAA